AUGCCCUGGAUGGUCGGCGCUAGACUCUCAAUAAAAGCUUUCGAGUGCUAUCCAGUGCAAGAGUUUGGUCGAAUGAUAACAUCUUUUUGGUUUACAACAGCAACGAAGACCACCAAGUCUAGUCGUGCUUCAAUGUAUGUGGCAGAGAAACAAACGACUCAACAGGUCGACACCAAUUCACUGAGGUUCGAACCUGGACAUCGUCAAAGAACACACAACUCCGAACUGAUUCUUGAAACCAAUAACAAAUUUUCAACUAUAUUUUUUGGCAAUUUCAUUCUCGGUGAGGACAGUAGGGCCUUUCGGACCAGGGUAGAAGUGGAAAUACGUGUAACGAUUAGCGAGUAUAUGUGUGAAAAGUGGCCCCUUAAAAAAAAUCCGGCUCCAACUCUGGCCUAA